AUGGCUGCUAUGAAGGGUACGUCUCCUCGCGCGGUCAUGCGAUAUGCGCCGCUACUGCACGUUGCAGGUUGCAGGUGUUCCCCCCACUUCACCUCUGGCCGCUCGCCCCGCUUCGAUCGCAUCGUCAUCACGUCACCCUGCGGGAGAAACCUGUUUGCUAACUCCUGUCCCUCUCCUCGCUCAGCCGCCCAGUUCGGCCUCUCCCUUCUCCAAAACGAGAAACCGCACUCUUCGAUAUCGGCCUUGAUCGACAUCCUCACCUUGGACCGGUACGACGAGGAUGAUUAUGAGGGCAUCACCGAGUUGGUCGAGGUCACCAAUCUGCAGGCGACGGGACCAGCGGAGGCCUCGAGGGCGAUUAGAAAGAAACUCAAGGUAUGACUCUUGGGUACAAGGAUUGAUGAGACCUAGAGGCAUGCUGAUCUGUUGGCGAGUCGUACUUGGGUGUGCAGUAUAGCAACGUGCACGGGCAGUUGAGGGCCUUGACGGUCAGGGCUCAGCAUGCCACCAAGACCGCGUGUUGCAGGGUGGAGGCUGAAGAGCCUUGAUGACGUUUAUACACACAGAUCCUCAAAGCACUGGUUGAGAAUUGUGGCACCAGAUUUCAAUGUAGGUUUCAUCUUCUACAAUGGCCUCCUUCCUCCGCCAGUGUCCCCACUUCCCCCCCACCUUCUCCAGACUGAUCAGACCUGUUCUCCUUUCCUCAAUCCUAUCCCUCUCUCCCCCGAAUGCAGCCACUUUCGCCAACGAGCGUCUCGUCGAGCGCAUCAAGCUCAUAGCCGGGGAUCCGCACACUGACGAACGCGUCAAGAAGAAGAUCAUGGCUACCCUCGCCAGUUGGUACCGCCAGUUCAAGGACGACCCGAGGAUGCAGCUCGUUGCGGGAUUGUAUGCGAGUUGCGGUGGUGGGAAGAAGGUGCGAAGAAACUCGUCAAGUCUUGAUCUGCUCGUCUGCGCAAGGACGAUCCAUGCUGAAGGAAGAAGCGUUUAUCUCGUACAGGCUACCACACGAACGGGCGCGACCGAGGCGUACGAACGAGAACGCAAGCGCUACGAGGAAGAGGCCGCCGCAAGGACGGAGCGGAAAGCCGCCGAACAGAGGGCCAAGUUGGAACGGAUGGAGGCGGAACGUAAAGCGAGGGAAGAGGCCAAGAACAAGGCCAAGAAGGGCUAUGCGCCCAAGACGAGGAGACCCAAGUUUGAUUUUCAGGCCGUGAGUAUUAGGGACAGAUGCGAAUGGUCUGCCGGGGGUAGGUGGCGUACGUUGCGAGCUGUUUUCUUUUUGUUUGCUUGUGAUUUGGAGCCGAUAGGAGAAACCCAAGAUCAUGAGUGCCGUCGGAUCGGGAACCCAAGCCGCACAAGCGUGAGUGCAAAUUAGCGCGGCGGGCAAUUCCUCACUUCCGGAACCGCUCAGCUCGACUCCCUUUCUUUGUGAUUACCGCAGCCUCAUCAACGCCCUCCAACUUGUGAACCGAGAAAAGGAAUCCGUCACGACCACCGCCCGUGUACAGGAAUGCCUCGCCAAGGCCAAAGCCGAUCGCAAAGUCGUCGUGCGCUACAUCCAACUCGUCGACAACGACGCCGAAGGCGACUACAUCGGCGCCUUGAUCGCGACGAACGAACAAGUCCUCGCGGCAUUGGCACUGUACGACCGUAUGUCCAAACCGAUCGAUUUGGAUUCCGACGAUGAGGAGAUCGCGCAGGCCAAGAUGGAGUCGGAACGAUCGGGCUUGACCGUUCCUAGCAGUGGUGGACGGGGUGGUGCGGAUGAUGACGAUACGACCUCGAUCCGAUCUCGUCUCUCGGCAUUUGAGAUGCGGGAUCGCGAAGUUGACAAGUUGCAGAUCCGUCAGAGGCAACGCGUACAGAGGGCCGUCUCGAAUCGCCAGAUGCCGACGUUGCAUCCUGAUCUGCAAGAUCUGGCGUUUGGGUCCUCGUCCGCUGCAGGGGCGCACUUGCCUCCUCCCAUUGUGCCGAGGUCACGCGAGGACACCUAUCGACAUGGGUCGCUUUCGGACUACUCGGAUUCGGAGGACGAUUAUCUCUCUUCGGAUGGCGAACCGUACCAUGGAGCAGGCGCACCACCGACUUCGGCCUCCGCUUCAACCUCGGCAGCGGGCCAACACGCGAACGCGAGCGCCGUCGCUUCAGGAGGGAGUGCCAAGAGUUAUGCGCAGUUCAUCCAAGCUGAAGAUAGGAAGGCCGGCAAGGGAAAGGGAUUGUUCAAUGAACCGGAGGAGGAUGACCCGUUCGCCGAUCCGACGGAUGAUGAUGGCGCGAGUUUGAUGAGCGUCAACACGCCGGGUCUGAAUGAGGGCAAGAGGAUGGAUUGGAAGCAGAUUUGA